CUUAUACAUGACAUAUAUAUGUCAUGAAUUGUUGUUUUAAGCCCUGGCGCGGCCUGCCUGCUCGCCGAGCUCGCGAAAUGCAGCGACAUCCCCCGACAUUGUGCACGAAGAGCUGCUUUUAGCCCUCGCAAAGCUUGAAUUCCCAUCCUUAUAGCUGACAGUGGACACGGCAUCAAUCACGGCUUGAAACAAUGGCUCCUCGAGGGACCUCGGUCGCGAAAUUGCCGGUUGGCAGACCCUCACAUUUUGCCCCGGGAUACAUUCCAAUGCAAUAUUGGGUAUCUAAAUAACAUAUUGAGUGAGUUACUCUCUGAGCGAGCGACUGUAUACGUGAUACAUACUGCCUGCAAAUACUGUACUUCUUUAGCAACAUCUGCAAAACGCUCAAUUAAGGCAGCAAGCAAUCGCAUAGUGCAAAGGGUGCAACUACUGCGGCAACCGCACCUCAGUUUCCACGCUUGCCGCCAUCGCGAAUCGGUCGAUAUGCAUUCCAAUGGAUGCCUAGUGCAGCGCAGCGCACAGCUCCAGCGCGGUAGCCGGCGCUCGGCGUGUCGUCGGCUGGUUGCGUCAGAACGCGGCGAUGCCCGAAUUCGCGCGAGUUCGGCGGUGCUGCCUCGGCGGCCGCUGCCGAUCCGCGCUUCGGGCAACAACCUGACAACUACACCGUGGUCUGGCCCCCCCGCGCGCGGCCCCGGCGGGAAGCCGGCGGCAGCUGCCUCCCAGCCUAGCAACACGGAUGGCCCAUCUCUGGACAUGAGCCGGGGCCUGGCAGCGCUCAUCGCGGUCAACGCCCUCAUCUUCGCCGGGGCGGCCCUGGCCAAGCUGCCGCCCAUUGCUGGUCUGGCCCUCUACAACGCCAACGGCGCCUGGUGGCAGUUCGCCACCAGCUCCUUCGUGCAUGCCAACGUGGCGCACCUCAGCCGCAACAUGUUCCUGCUGUGGAUCUUCGGAAGUGCACUGCGCCGCGAGGUCACGGGGCCGGGCGUGUGGUUCACCUACGUCGUGUGCGCGCUGGGAGCCAACAUGGCUGCCGUCUACGCCCUGGGCGCCAAAGCCAAAGUCGGUACGGCGCUGCUGGGCGUGGCGGCUUCCGGCGGUGUGGCGGGCGUGGCACUGGCGGCGCUGGCACUCUCCGCCCGCCCCUCGCUCCGCUGGAUCAUGGGCGCUGCACUUGCCGUACAGUUCACUUUUCCUGCGCUGCUGGCGGCGCCCGUGCCGUACAUGCCGGCGGCGGCUGGCGGCGCGGGCGCGGCGGGCGCUGCCGUGCUCACAAAGCUGCUGCCGGGCUGGGUGCUGGCGGGGGCUGGAGAGCAGCUGGCGGGGGUUGCGGGGGCAGGGGCGCUGGGGCUAGGGGCGGCGGGGGGCGGUAGCGGGGUGGGCGGGUUCAUGGCAGCUUUGAAGGCUCCGGCCAUGUCUUGGCUGUGGGGUGCGGCGGCGGGUGCGCUUAUAGUGGUGGUCCUGGCGCGGCUGCCGGUGCCACCCGAGUAGUAAUAAAGUGGACCACGGAGAGGUGGUGGCGGAGGUAGGUUUUCGGGCUUGAAAGGGAAAGACCUUUAUAGUCAUGUCUUCGUUCGCAGGCAAGGAACUGGGCAUCCGUGGGUCUGUCCGGAGUCCCCUAGACAUUGCGCACUGCCAUUGAUUGGGGUUGUCUUGAUACGUUGGAGUUGCCUGUGGAGAGGCUGAUGAACGCAGCGGUGGCACGGCCUGAUCUUUCCGUUGCAUGACAGGGAGAAUGUGUGCACGAGAGGAGGUAUGCAGGGCGUCACUGCGACGGCGCAUGUGCAGGAUUGAUGUAUGCGGUCGACGAUAUGUACCGGUACGAUGUGGUUGGGCAUUUAUGUACAGCUCAUGCGAUGCAGUAAUAAAGCAUUGGAACAAGGCUGUGUGGCCUUGUCGCAUGGAUGCGGUGUAAGGGCUCUCAACUGCAAGACGGUGCCAAGCAAAAUGUUUAUUUUGAGCGCUGCGUGUUUUGGUGCGUGGUGCAGGAGUACCAUUGCACUUAUACCUGACGGCAAAGGCCGCGUUCUGCCUGAUUGUAAUUAUGGUUGUCA